UCCUAGGAGAAGAAGUUGAUUUAAACAAUCGCAGUCGGGCAUACAAACCCAGUGGUAUCGAAACUGUUCCAUUACCAGUUCAUCAUCAAUCAUCAAUAAAUGGUAAUGUUAUGUUGGUGGCAUUUGGCAGCAAAACACCUCAUGGAAAUUACCAAGCAGUCUGUGAAGACAUACUUCUUUGGUCAAAUUCUGGCCAGACAGAACAAGUUCAAUUUGGUAAGCAUGUGAACAUGUAGUCCUCCUAUGUCAUUGGGAGAAGAGGGUUGGUGGUUGGGUCAGAGCAACAAAUGAGGGGUCUGAGAAAUGAUGUGAUCAACAUGUCACGAGCAUGGGACAAAUAAAAAAUCUGAGUCUUAGACAGGAUUUGAACCUAUGACAUUUCAUACACCAGUUGGAUGCUCUAACCACUGAGCUGCAAGGUCAUAGGUUCAAAUCCUGUUGGAGACUCAGAUAUUUUCUUUGUCCCAUGCAUGCUCGUGACAUGUUUAACACAUCAUUUCUCAUUUCUUCACCGAACUUAAAAUUUAAACAAAAACAUUUAUUUUAUUGAUUGAGUUGAUUAAAUUCAAUUUGCCACCACUAAAAGAAGGUUCAAAAGCUGAUGCAUUAUAGCCCUUUGUCAGAAUAAAACUAUGAAUAAUUUGAGCUUAAUAAUAUUAGUACAACAAACAGAUCACCUAUGUUUUGACAGACAUAUCCCAGUAUUAUGGUAAGAAUGCAUAAUCGUUCCGCUGUUUCUAAUGAGAUAAGUGUAAUUUCCACUGUACUUCAUACUGUACUGAAGUCCUGAAAAUGAAUUUAAAAAUAUGGCAAAUUGAAUAAUCCCCCGCCCGCUAGCUCGAACUGUCUUUAUCUUUCCCUUAGAGUUUGGGUUACUAGGAUAAUCUACUGUAAUUAAAUUUCCCUUUGGUUUUUGCUAAGGGUUCGAGUGAUGUCAUAACCCACUACUAAAGGCCCCUUAGAGUUCACCUCCUUGCUCUAGAACUCAACUUAUUAUUAUUAUUAUUAUUAUUAUUGUUUCCUAAUUCAUUCCAAGUGCCUAUAUGUUCUAGAAUUAACAGUUGGUUUUGAGUCUAACCUUCAUAACAAUGCAGUGCAUAAAAAAGAAAAAUACCUCAACUUGAUCAAAGAAGUGGGCUAGAAUUUACAGAUAAUUAUGUCCAUGAGCUCCCUUGGCGUUUUCUCUGGUGAAAACGGAAUGCUCCUUGUUUUUAGACAUAAUGAAUGACAUUGGCAUUGACAAGAAGCAGCAACAUUAAAUCAUCAAAAAAUGAUAAAUAUAGCCAUUAGAGCAACAUAUUACACCUUUUGUUGCAGAAAUACGAAUUGGGAUAGCCCAGAUUGAAAUUUUGAGAUUUUGUUUUUGGAAUAAUUAUUCAAUCUAGCAGCCAAUUGUAAAUUGCCUAUACGUAGAGAGAUUUACAAUAUUAUUGUACAUUCAAAAAGAUAAAUAAACUUUCCAUUAUUUAUUAUUAUUAAGGCGUAGGCUUAUGAAUCUUAUCUUAUGAAUCUUUUUUUUUCCUUUGCAGCCCUGAACCCAGUAAAACAUGCUGGUGGUGAAAACUUCAGAACGUUAAACCUGAAUCUACAGCCAUCUGAUGAACCGCACAGUCUUUUCAUAACUCCAGUGGACCUAACUAAGCUCCCAGCACAUAUCCAUCCAGAUUCAGUGGACGUUUACCCCAUGAUGUCAAAUCCAAGAGGCAUUGCAUUGAUCAUAAACAAUGAAGUUUUCUCUCCUACUGCUGAGACAGAGGAGAUCUUGACAGAUCGUGAAGGGUCUGAGAAAGAUGUGGAAGCACUUGAGACGAUGUUUAAGGCACUUUAUUUUGAAGUCAAUAUUGAGAGAGAUUUAGGAAAGGAGAAAAUUUUACAGGUUUUGGAUAAGGUAGCAAAAAGUGACCAUACCGCAUACGACUGUUUUGUUUUGUGCCUUAUGAGUCAUGGUAAAGAGGGGUUAUUCUAUGGUUCAGAUGGGCAAGCAGUCCCCUUUGAAACUGUUUGUGAUCUUUUCAGCAAUUCAAAUUGCAGAACCCUGAGAGGAAAGCCUAAACUUAUGUUUAUUCAAGCCUGUAGAGGCACAGAGGGGCAAACAGGUGUGGUGAAUGAUUCACCCUUCUGUCCUGGGCCACAACAGCCAACAGCCACCUCAGUACGUUAUGCUGACAGAGGGUGGAAUUUCUCAUUCAAAGGGACUAUCCCUGAUCAUUCAGACUUUCUGCUGGCUUAUUCAACGGUCAAUCACUAUGCCUCAUAUAGACAUGAACUUUAUGGAAGCCGUUUUGUCCGUUGUGUUGUGGAGGUGUUUCGAGAAAAGGCAGGUCACGAAGAUGUCCUAAGCAUGCUUAUCAUGGUGAAUGACAAGCUCAGCAAGAUGGGAGAAAUAGGACAAAAGCAAAUUGGACAGCCAACUACAACCUUGACAAAAAAGCUGUUUCUUUGGCCUGGAUUGUGCAAGGAAGCACUCUCAUGA